GUAUAUAUUCCGUAUAUAUUUAUUGGGCAAACACGAAAGUGCAGCAGCGAUAUCAUUUCAUUCAUUUUAACAACACAAACAUCUGAGUUCGGUUUCAGACUUUAACCUAACGUUGGAACAACAUGUCGUUAACCGACUCCGAUGAUGCCGUACGACGUCGUAACAAUGCCGUCAAAGAUUAUCGCAGAAAGCUUCUCAAUCACAAGGAACUUGAUUCCAGAAUUCGAUCAGUUAGAGACAAAUUGCGGAAUGCGAAGAAGGAUUUCAAUAAAACAGAGGAUGAUUUGAAGUCUUUUCAGAGUGUUGGACAAAUUGUUGGCGAGGUUCUCAGACCUCUUGAUGAUCAACGCAUGAUUGUUAAAGCGAGCAGUGGACCAAGGUAUGUUGUGGGCUGUCGUAGUAAGGUGGACAAGGAGAAGCUGGCUUCAGGAACUCGAGUUGUGCUGGAUAUGACUACACUAACCAUUAUGCGAAUUCUUCCCCGUGAAGUUGACCCAGUUGUAUAUAAUAUGCUACAUGAAGACCCUGGAAAUGUUAGCUACUCUGCAGUUGGAGGGCUUUCAGAUCAGAUUCGAGAACUAAGGGAAUCAAUUGAACUUCCUCUAAUGAAUCCUGAGCUUUUUCUUAGGGUUGGAAUCAAACCACCGAAGGGUGUUCUUCUCUAUGGACCUCCUGGUACUGGGAAGACAUUAUUAGCAAGAGCAAUUGCCAGCAAUAUUGAAGCUAACUUCUUGAAGGUUGUAUCCAGUGCUAUAAUUGACAAGUAUAUUGGUGAAAGUUCAAGACUGAUUAGGGAAAUGUUUGGAUAUGCUCGUGAGCAUCAGCCUUGCAUCAUAUUCAUGGAUGAGAUUGAUGCCAUUGGUGGACGGCGUUUCAGUGAAGGAACAAGUGCUGAUCGUGAAAUUCAAAGAACCCUCAUGGAGCUUCUUAACCAGCUAGAUGGAUUUGAUCAGCUUGGAAAGGUUAAAAUUAUUAUGGCUACAAAUAGGCCUGAUGUUCUUGACCCUGCCCUUCUUCGCCCGGGUCGACUUGAUCGGAAAAUUGAGAUUCCAUUACCAAAUGAGCAGUCCAGGAUGGAAGUCCUCAAAAUCCAUGCUGCUGGAAUUGCAAAGCAUGGUGAAAUUGACUAUGAAGCAGUUGUUAAGCUUGCUGAGGGGUUCAAUGGUGCUGAUCUUCGUAAUGUUUGCACUGAAGCUGGGAUGGCUGCCAUUCGUGCAGAACGUGAUUAUGUAAUUCAUGAAGAUUUCAUGAAGGCCGUCCGCAAAUUGACUGAAGCAAAGAAACUGGAAGCAAGCGCUCAUUACAAUGCGGAUUUCGGGAAAGAUUAAAGAAUAUUUUUUGUGGUACACCUCUUUAUCUAGCACCAUCCAAAGAACUUUUGGAGCAAGUAGUACUCCAUUUUCAUUGUUUGGUCUCUUCCAGCCAUCAAAUGACAUUCUUCUGCUUUGUAAGCUUGAAUAGUUUUUGUUGGAUUUGCAGUUCAACUAUAGGUUAAGGUUAGAUACUUACAGUAUCCAAGGUUGGCCUACCACAUUUGUAGGUCUUAAGCAAAAUAUUAAGGGAAGACAUUUUUAAAUGUGAAGUCCCAAAAUGAAAUUUAUUUAUUUUUUGUUGCAA